AUGGGCUCACCGAUUCUCCCGAACGCGUCCAACUUCCUGGGAGUGGCAUUGGUAGUCAACCGGUCUCGGGACGGGCCCCGGUUCGUCUUCCACUAUCCGCCGCAGAUCUUGCCCUGCAACAAGAAUGCUUCUGCGAAUGGGCCGAGCGAUGGACUGGAAGACGAUGACGACGUGCUGCUCAACCAGACGGCCCGCGCGCCCUUCGAGGCAGCGAAUGAGUCCCUGCCGAACUCAGUCGACUUGCAGCGCUGGAAUCACGAUGACCAUCUCGAGACGGACAGUGGAUCCCAGAUAGUACCCUGGGAGCACGUGGCCGGCUAUCCCACGAAGGACCUCGAGAGCCUUCUCACGCCCGCACGGGCAUACCACAAGAAGCUCUUCCAGGUCUCUCUAGAUCAGCUCUGCUUUGUCUCGUAUCCCAUAUACGUACCGGAGAACGGCAUAUGGCGGAAGAAGCAACCCAAGUUCCAACCUCCCAAGUCGCCCGAGACUGGUGACUUGUCGACCAAGGACGGCCAGACGUACAUCUCUGCAAGCGAUGUGUCCCAGAUAGAAACGAGGGACAUGGCAGAUGAUGCGAUACCUGGUAACCCGGCGGAAGAGGCCGACGAGAAGAAGAGCGGGAUGACCAUGUUCAACCUCGUCUUCAUACUGAACCCCAAGAAGCACGAGGUGAAGGAACUGGCCGACACACUGUACUUCCACAUCAUCAAGAAGAUCAACAAGCCGUUCAGAUAUAGCCAGCAGAAAAGCGACUUUGUCUGGAAGGAAUCCAAGCGGAUCCUUACCUUGAAGGACAAGAACCGCGAGGCGAAAACCAAGAUGAGCACGCUAUGGAAAGAGAUCCUCGAGACCUCGUCGCUAGCAGCGUGCAUGCAAGAUGUCUACGAGGCCGUCUCGCACAACAAGAUCGCAGCUCUGCAGCUAGAAACACCCGAGGGAACCAUCACGCACUCGGUCCAGAUUCCCAUGCCCUUCUACCUCACAGACCUGCCGCCCGACGACGAGGCAGGCUCACGGGGCCUCUGGAUCACAACGGCGAACUACUUCGUCGACGAGGACAGCCUUCACGACCCAGCGUUCCUAGAUAAGAACUUUGCGCUGCUCCUGAUGAGCGACGAGAAGAAGAUCAUCGCAGAGCUCCAGGCGGACCCGGACGAGACGACAGCCGCUAUGGUCGAGUUUGUGCGGCUUUCCAAGCCGACCAUGUCGUUCCACCAAAUCGGCCAAGGCACCGCGCUCUCGCCAGCCCAGGUGCGCGAAUACGCACAACACUUCAUCUUCUGGCGGCGCGCCAUCGCCACGCCGCCCCUGCACGCGCGGGACGUGUACAUCCUGUCGCCGAACAGCGACUUCACGCUCCUGCCGCAGGCCAGCCGCGCAUGGUCGCGGGCCUUCCCCGUAGCGCCCGCGCUCCCGGACUUCCUGGCUGAGCUGUCGGUCGCGCCGCGGCCGUACAAGUGGUUCUGCCCGUCCAAGAACCACCGCCCGACAUACCUGCAGAUGCUGGCGUGGCUGAUGCGCGGCGGCUGGGUCACGCAGCUGUGCACCUUCGCCUACGUCGUCGUCUGGCCGGAAAUUCUGUACGAGGUCGAGUACAGCCUCGAGGCCGAGGAGCUGCGCGCGGCGGCGGCUGCAGCCGAUGCGCCGCGGAAUGGAAAUGGGGAGGGAUCUGAGGAUGAUGCUGCGGAUUCUGAUGAGUCACUCGAGGAACCUGUUUCUACCAUGGCAUCCCCUUCCCCUGGUGAAGGCACACAGCAAUUCGACCCCAUGACGUCCUCGAACCCAUCACUGGGAUCACCGUUUCCCGCCUUCGACCCAACAGCGGCACACUCCCCCCUAUCCGCAUCCGAACCUGCCAAAUCCCUCUCCCUAUCCCUAUCCCUCCCCUCUCCAGCUCAAGGCCCCAUCUCCCCCUCCUCUGCCUCCCCCUCCGCAUCAACACCAACGACCCGCACCCCACCAACAACCAACGAGCGCGUGGCUGAGAAAGCGCGCCUCGAGCGCAUCGCAGACAAGGAGUCCCGGCUAGCAGCCGAGCGCGCCGCCGCCUUCGCGCGCAAGCCCGUGCCCAGACAAACAGACCACCCGUCCCUCAACAGCGCCGCACACCUCGCGCACCUGUCGCCCUACGUCAUCGUCGACGCGCGCCGCGCCAGCGCCGCCGGCAAGGACUCCUUGUAUCUGUCGGCCAUCGGGCGGCGGCUUCGCGACCCGGCCGUCCGCGCCGCCUGGCCCGUGUUCUGGAAGCAUUUUAAUGGCCGCUCGGCCCUCGAGCGCGUCGCGCUGCUGCAGGAUGUUAAGCGCAAGGAGGCUUGGGCGCUGCUGGGCGGCAUGAGCGAGUUUCUGGUUUGUGUGAGGCAUUGGUGA